GCUAGUUACAAACUGAAAUCAUGUUUGGACUUCAUUCAUUUUGACUUUAAAGUUAACAACCCAUAAGAGCAUUUGUGCGUGUGUGUCUGUGUUCUUUUCUACUAAACAGCAAAACCUUCCGAAAAGUCUGCCUUUAGGAUGUUCCUUCUUAGCUGGGCGACCUUGCUCUACCAUGCGUACGUCUACACAGUAAGUGUAUCAAAAAGCGAUGGCUUCCAGAUCCACACCAAACACAAGAUUGUGUCAGAAGUGGGACUCUGCGCCAUCAUCCCUUGCUCCUUCUCUGCCGCGAACUUCAUGACUAAUAGCAUUGUGUGGUUCAAGUGCGAAGGCAAAUGCAUCGACAGGAAUAUCAUUUUCCACUCCAAGAACAAGACCAAAAUCCAGGAAGAUUUUAAGGACCGAGUUCAGAUGCUGGCUGUCAACGCGAAUCGUUGGGACUGCGGUAUCAUAAUCAAUGACUUGACGCUGUCGGACUCAGGAUCCUAUAUGCUUCGAGUGAAUGGCCUACUCAACGAUAGGAGUGAUGGAUAUAGCUUCAAGGAUCGAGUGGUGCUCAAUGUAACAGCUCUCAGCCAGAAACCCAUUAUGAUGGUCCAAACACUGAGCGACGGUCAAGAGGCCACCCUCACCUGCAAGACUCCGGCCGUCUGCUUUAGCAAAGCCACUAACAUCAGCUGGGCGUGGAAAGGAAUUGGAGAUGACUACUCACACGCUGUCAUUCCUAAUAUAACGUCCAUGACGAAUUCCAGCUCAUCUUUGACCUUCAACGCUUCAGCUGAACAUCACAGGCGUGAAAUCACAUGCAAGGUCUCGUACUUGAGAAGCAAGGUGUCUACGGAGACAACAGUAACGCUGAACGUAACCUAUGUAAGGCCACCAUCCAUCUCAGGUCCAACAACAGUUAAGUCAGGCGACCGCAUAUCUCUUACAUGCAACGUGGACACUUUCCCGCCCUCCGUCGUCACGUGGAAAUUUCCCAAUUCCAACACGACAAUUAUCCAAAAUGAACUCCAGCCCAACACAACCAUCACCAGCUCUGACCUCGUCAUCCCAAAUGUGACGUCGGCACACUCCGGGCGCUACGAGUGCACGGCGGCUAACUAUACAACACACAUGCAUGUGAUGGUGACAUGGUUUGCAGGAAUCCUACCUGGGUCUGGUUGUUUACUGCAAGAUCAGGUUUUGACCUGCGUGUGCAUCAGCAGCGGGGUCCCACUGCCUACUGUGACAUGGCCGACGCUGGACAACAGGACGGCGUGCACCGUCAACACCGUAUCUGACGACAGGGUAAACAGCAGCAUCGUGUUAAUCGUCCGCGAUCGUGACAUCUCUGCUGUGGAGUGCGUCAGCAUGCAGGAGGACGAGCGAGAGGGGAAAACACUUGAAGUUCAGAAAAUAUUGGGGGAAGACCAAGCCUUCAAAAGUUUCCUUACAAGUCUGCGUCCGGAUGUCUUCAUCGCAUUUUUGAGCGGCGCUCUGCUGUCCGCCAUCUUGUGUUGGUCAUUCCGGAGGUGUUGCAGAAAACCAAACAAUAGCUCCGGUAGUCUGGAUAUGGAGCUGGUUGCCACACAAGAGGACCCACAGGUGUAUGGCCUUAAAAAUGGUGGCAAAGGGGCGACCAGGGCUGACGUGGAGUACGCCGACAUCAACUUCUCUGUGCUGAAGAGAAACAACACCAGGGAGGCGGCGACUAAUUGCCAGGCCACCGAAUACUCAGAGAUCAAGACAAAAGACGAUGGUGACCAACCGCGCGAGUGUGACAACGAUAAAGAAAACGAAAAAAUGGAGGAUAGUACACAAUGCGACAAUGAUAAGGAAGAGGAAGCCUUAUAUUCAAACGUGAAUGACGCCAUGAUGUCAUGAGUGAUCACGCUAAUAAAUUUCAACUGUAGUGCAUAGUCCUAAACUUUUUUAAGGAUCUUUUGUGUGGUCACUGGUGACAUUUCUCACGUUGCAGCAUGUGACCUGAUAAAAAACGUAAAUUCACACAGCAAAGAACCGUGCAAAACGGAAGAAAUAGCUGAGGGUCAUCAAGAGACUAAACCGGUGUUCUGUCAGAUUAUCAUUUAGCACACGAUUUAAAAUACUUUCAAAUGCUAGUUUGUACUGUAGAUGUAAUUGUGGACGAACCACGUUUGGUGUACACUGACCUGCAUUUCAUAAUAUUUUGUGGCCGAUACCGAGUCCGACAGCUGGCCAAUGCCGAUACCACGUAUUUUUGAAAAAAUAUAUAGACUUUUCUUUUUCAUACUAAAUUAUUGCAUGCUCACUUGAAUGUAAACUAAUUGCUAUCAUUGCUUGUUUAGACGCGGCUUAACUUAAAGGGAUCCUCGAUCUCCGAGCCUGCAAAACGUGGCGCCAACUAUCGGUCAAAAUACAGUGGGGCGAAUAAGUAUUUAGUCAACCACUAAUUGUGCAAGU